AUGGGUAUCGGUGCUGUGGCAGAACCCUUGGUGGUUAUCACCCUCCUGUUUGGAGGAACAUGGUUCAACCGCAACAUUGGCGAUAACAACGCCUACGAUCACCUGGGAUGGAAGGGCGCCGGCCUCGACGAUGCCGAGCACAAGCGAUCUGAUGAGCGCCGUUCCGGCAACUCGACCCCGGACUCUGAAGAGUCUUCUCUCACCCUCGGCCCCUGGAACUCUUCAUCAACGUUGACACCGCAAGAAGAACCCCCGCGACGCUCUCGCAGGAUCAAGUUCUUUGGGUAUCAGCGCAUUGUCACGACACCAAACACCAGAGUGUACAAGGAUCGAUUGCUCAGCCGAGUCCUCCGCAAGUUUCCCUUUUUGGUCGAAGCUUGGUACUGGGCUCUGAUUUACUGGGUAUACCAAGUCGGCCGCGCUUUCACCGCGCUCACUCUCAACGAGGGAACCGUUGACGUGGCACGCAAGCAUGCACUCCAACUCAUCCACCUGGAGCAGCGCCUCCACGUCUUCAUCGAGGUGCCGGUCCAGCAGUACUUCCUGCAGAUGCCCACAGUGAUGCACUGGAUCAACCGUAUCUACUCCUUCAUCCACAUCCCCGGCACCAUCUUGUUCCUGGUCAUCCUCUACUACAUCACCACCACCCGCAAGCGCCGCGCGGUCUCCGCGAAGCUCGGCGGCAACGAGAACAUUCGAUGGAACUCUGCCGGCCCCGCCCUGUACGAGGCUCGCCGCCGCACCAUGGCCACCUGCAACCUGCUGGCCUUUGUCGUCUUCACUCUCUGGCCCUGCAUGCCCCCCCGCCUGCUGAGUGACCCCAACUACAAGGGCCCCGACGCCGGCGAGUCCAAGAGCUUUGGCUUCGUGGACACGGUGCACAGCUCCACCGGUGAGAGUAGUGUUUGGACGACAAACAAGUUCUGCAACCAGUAUGCUGCUAUGCCUUCCCUGCACUUUGGCUACUCUCUGCUUAUCGGUCUCACCGUCGCGACACUACCCCUCCCCUCGAUCCGCUCGCGUCCCUGGAAGCGAUUUGCCAUUGUCGCCAUCGGCAUGGCCUACCCGGCUCUGAUCCUCACCGCCAUUGUUGCGACUGCUAACCACUUUGUCCUGGACGCUGUCGCCGGCGCCAUCGUCUGCGGCCUCGCCUGGAACUGCAACGGCGUCCUCCUGAACCUGCUCGUCGUCGAGGACUACUUCCUCCGCCUCCUCCGCAUUCACAAGCCCGUGAACUGGACCGAUCCCGAAGCCACCGUCGAUGCUAAUGAGUGGAAGCCCAGCACAGUUCUUGAAGAGAUCUAA